GUCCGUCUUAUCAGGCAUCCAUAUUCUGAUCUUACGGCUCACAUCUCGUCGAGGCUCGGAAACGCGUUUACAUAAAAUAAUCCGCCAGCAAAAACUAAGUUUCCCUCGCGCCUACGCAAAAGGAAAAGCGAGGAAUUCUCUGGUACCCCAUCGCGCCGGAACCCUAACUCUGUCGCCGAAUCCGAUCACUGAGGAAUGGUUCGUCUUUGACGUCUCGGUCACAAGAGGCGUAGCCCGCAUUGGGUUGCUGGUGCUGAACUGAGGGAAAUAUUGAUUCAUUUUGGUCGCAGAGGGGGCGGACUGGGUCUUGGGGAUUUGGGAGACCGACAGGGGCCAGAUGUUGCAGUGGAAGUGGUUUUGUUGGAGCCGAGAGGGCGCCUCCGACGCUGUCCUCCGCGACCCGGAGCCCUUCUCCCUCCCCUUCCCGAUCCCCAAAUGGCCCCAAGGUGGAGGAUUUGCUAAAGGAAGUAUAUGCACUGGAGAAUUGGAGGUUCUAAAAAUUACCAAGUUCGAACGCAUUUGGAGUUGUCGUCUUUCUUCCUUGGAAGAGGGCAAAGGAGCUCUUUUCUACAAACCUUCUGCAAUACCAAAUGGCUAUUUCAGCCUUGGUCAUUAUGCCCAGCCGUGCAACCAACCUCUACAUGGUUUUGUUCUUGUGGUGAGAGAGAAUGCCGAUUUCCAACCGGGGUCGAGUCUACCAGCUCUUCGGGAACCACUGGAUUAUAAACUUGUUUGGAGUUCAAAUGGCUCGGUAGAGGAGUCUCAUGGCAGUUGUGGUUACUUCUGGCUUCCAUUACCACCCGAGGGUUAUCGAGCGAUGGGCUACUUGGUCACCAGUGGACCCAACAAGCCGUCCCUCGAAGAAGUUCGAUGUGUUCGAUGUGAUCUUACAGACGCAAGUGAGGCUCAUGAGUUGAUGAUCGAUAUGGAAACAAUAUUUCCGUAUCUCCCCUGCCAAGUUUGGAAGAUGAGACCUUUUUCUCGGGGAAUGUUGGGAACAGGAAUUUCUGUAGGGACAUUCUGUUGCAAUACUGACUCGAGCUGCACCGACAUGUCGAACAUUUACUGUUUAAAGAACUUGGAUUCUUCUCUGAAUGCAAUGCCAAAUCUAGAGCAGAUUCAUGCCCUCAUCGAGCAUUACGGCCCUACCCUUGUGUUCCACCCGAAAGAAGUCUAUUUGCCUUCAUCAGUUUCAUGGUUCUUUGAGAAUGGUGCUACUUUGUAUAAGAAAGAUGUCAAGGUGGGAGAGCAUAUACAUGUUGACGGUUCAAACCUUCCAUCUGGCGGCAAAAAUGACGGAGCAUACUGGAUAGAUCUUCCUGAUGAUGACAGGAAUAAUUUCGUCAAGAAAGGGAACAUAGAAAGUGCUGAGCUUUAUGUGCAUGUCAAACCAGCUCUAGGAGGCUUAUUUGCCGAUAUCGCUAUGUGGAUAUUCUGCCCCUUCAAUGGCCCUGCUACAAUCAAGGUCGGGAUGGCGAACUUUCCACUUAGCAAAAUCGGGCAGCACGUCUGCGAUUGGGAGCAUUACACAUUACGGAUAAGCAACUUCACUGGUGAGCUUUGGAGUAUAUAUUUCUCUCAGCACAGCGGAGGGAAGUGGAUCGACGUGCCUGGCUUGGAGUUCUACGAAGGUAACAGGGCAGCUGUUUAUUCCUCGAAGAGUGGGCAUGCAAGCUUCCCUCAUCCCGGAAACUACCUCCAGGGGUCCGAGAAGCUGGGAAUCGGUGUGAGGAAUGAUACUGCACCGAGCAUGCUACUUGUUGAUUCUAGCACCAACUAUCAGAUAGUGGCAGCAGAGUAUCUAGGAGACGCUGUGAAAGAACCAUUUUGGUUGCAGUACAUGCGCGAAUGGGGUCCGACGGUAACCUAUAAUUCGAGGUCUGAGUUGAACAAGAUCCUCAACCUUUUACCAUACAAUCUCCGUUACACGGUGGAGAAUAUUUUCAAUAGUCUUCCAAUGGAGUUAUACAAAGAAGAAGGACCAACCGGCCCCAAGGAAAAGAAUAACUGGGUAGGUGACGAAAGAUGGUAGACUCCUUUGGUCCGGAGCUGUGUUUCUGCUCUCUGUCCUGAGAUAUUUUUCGCGGCACAAAAGGAUAUCGAGGAUUUGGUUCACCACAUCUUCAUUGGUCUGUCCAUUUCCGAAUGAGAAAUUAGGUACAAAUGCCAUCUUAGGGUGGCACCUAAUGAGAGUGAUGCAACCAUUGUUUAUAAAUAAUGUGUGGAAAUUAGUAUGAUUCCAAGUUAUAUCUGUAAAUUGUAUGUCACGCCAGUCGGAAUGGUAAGCUGAUUUGCGACCACAUUGUAAUAUAUUCUUCACUGUAAUAUAUUUAUGUGGAAGUGAAGCUAUUCUUGUUUUCUCA